AGAUAUUGUUCAUUGAAUGCACAGUUGUCAUGUUAACAAAUGGCGAGAUUUUAACAUAGAGUGGGUAGUGUCCCAAGUUGCUGAUAUUUAUCAAUCCACCAAGUUAAAUGUCUCAGUCUUUCAGUGCUAAUCAGUAUGAGGAACCUUUUUAUCCGGAACAUCUUCAACUGUAUGGACCGGCGAAGAAAUUCAGAGAGCGUCCUCGUGCAAAAACACGUACAACACACUUUAUAGCAAAUGAUCGUGGACACCUAUUAAAAGGUCAAGAUACGAAACCUGGUGAUUGUCCAUGGGGUCAUUAUGUUGGCACAUGGGAUUUACCAUGUCAUUAUCCAGGCAAUUAUAUAAAUAAUCCAACUUCAAGAACUGCUGAAGCAUUCAGGAAAUUACAAAAAGAGAAAGAAUCAUAUCAAGCAAAACUUAAUUUAGCUAAGUCAAAUAAAAGUUAUUCAGUUGCUGAAAGAUUUAAGAAAGUUUUCUAAAAAAGAGAAAAUAGUUUUAAAUUUAAGACAAAGCAAAGUGAAUGUCAAAUGAAGAAGAAAUAAUAUAGUCACAAAAUAUGGAAAUUAAUGAAUAUAUACAUAUACGCACAGUUCAACGUUUCAUUAAAAUACUUAUAUUAUUUUACUUAAACAAGCAUUUAGUUAACUUUAAUUUAGAUUUCUCUGUUCAAUGUUAACCAGUGAACAAAAUCAGUCAAUCAUAGCAUGUGUUCAAAAUGUUUAUGUUGAUGUAUGAUUUGUUUAAACUUUUAAACAUCAAGGAAUGAAGUACAAAAACACAUCAGCUCAUACAGAAAUAUUCAUUUGUUAUACUUUAUUAUUUAUCAAUUUGUCAAAAAUUAUUGUCUUUAUUUCAAUUCGUUAAUAAAUUUACUUCAUU